AUGGAAUCAGAAAGAUCUAAUAACAUCCUUCCAUUGGCCAUUGAAGAAGAAAUAUUUGAUGAGGAUAUACCUAAUAGAAGUAUCCCUUAUCAUACUAUUCAACUCAUCGCAUCUAUUAAUUCUCAAAGAAAAUCUGUUCAAAGAGGAUCUGAAACAUGUUCUUUCUAUAAUAAACCCGAUCUAUUAUUCAAACUUAAUGGAGCUAACCUGAAAUCAGUCAUAAAAUUGUCCUACAUUCAUAGCUUCUAUCUUAGAUGUAUUAUUAUUUCCUUAAAAAAAUAUAUAACAUAUCCUUGUUGUCAACGACCUAUUUAUCUUGAGUUAUCCAAGAGACCACAAGACUUUAAUCUAUUGCCAGUGAUAAAUGUGAAAACGGAGAACCCCACAACUCCAGAUAUGAUUCUUAAAGAAAAAAUACGUGAAGUAUCCUGCAUAGAAUAUGAAAUCCUUGACUUACACUAUCCUCUUGGGGAAGCAUUGGAGAAGAAAUUGGCUGAAUUUACAUCCAUUCACCCUCUUCAAACCGCGCGAAUCUUGCUUAAUGCAGAAAUUAAAUGA